AGAGCUGCAGCCUCCUCUGCUCCCCUCCACACUGGCAUGGAUUCAAGUGUUUGGAGCGAGUGCCUGUAUUCCACCAACAUCUGCCUCGAUGGCGGCACUGCACAGCAUCUCUCCUCUUUCCCACCUGAACCUGUGCCUUCAAAUUCAGAUGCAUCAGGUGCUUUUGUGACUUUUGCCAAAGACGAUGAGAACAUGAAGGUGGAGAGUGGUUAUUACAGCAGAGGUGAAGCUGGGUCGAGCUUGAUCCGUUCUGGCUCGGUGGAGCUCGAUGGCCCCUGCUCUUUAAGAAGGCACCUGUCUCCUUCAGCCGGUUCUUGCGGUCAUCACGACAGGAAUCUAAGCAGUGGACGUCAAGCGAAGCGUGCCCGAGUAGAAAAUAUCAUCAAAGGCAUGACCGGCUGUCCAGGCAUGCACUUCCCAGACGUGACGGCAAGUCAGCAUGAGUGGGCAGACUGCGAGCAAGGAAGAGGAAGGAUUGGAGGACUGUCUUUGCAUCAGGAGCACAUGGAAACAAGGGGAUCUGGUGGUGGAAGUCCCAAGAAGCAGCUUGAGAGUCAGCAGCACCUCCAACAGCUCAGAAAAGAGUUCUACCAAAUCGAUAAAGUAACCGAAAGCACAGAAAACAGUGAAGAAAAGUACCAUACUCCUGACACAUCGCCAAGGGAUGCAUUAACCGAUUCAUGCCAUGAGUUUGAGAGCAGCUCAAGUCGAGAACAUCAAGGCUGUAAAAAAGUGAAGCUGAUGAGCCACCUCCAAACCAAACCUGAGAGAAUCAAGCUAAUGGCAGAUGUCUUAAAGUACGAGCUGUCCAGGGCCGUCAGCAGGAGUGUUGACUCCGUUUUUAGAAGUAUGCCGCUUCUACAGACAUCACCAACCCAAGAGGGUGAAGAGACAGAUGUAUCUCUUCAUUCAUCAGCGUGUGAAGAUAAGAAAAUGGAACUUUCAUGUUGUGGGAACACAAAGGUGCAUGUUCCAGAUGUCCAAACCGAAGCUCUGUCCCUGGUUGUGCAAAAGCCUCGAUUGGAAACACCCGACAAACUCAUCCUCCAGCCCAGACCGAGGGCUCGUCCAAAACCGGCGGUGCCCUUCGGUCAUGACUCCGCUCUGACUCUGUCACAGAAGGAUCACAACGUUGCACUCAGCUGGCUGCAAGACGGGUCCUCUGAAGUCGGCCAAGCAAAGUUUGAGAUGCUGGACGCGCGUUGGACUUCAGUCAAAGUGAGAUCGAAGGUCAACUCUAGAUCUGCGAGAAGCUCACAGACUCGCUGUGUGGAACCAACGCUUUUAGAAAACCUGUGCUUUCCUCAGGUCAAGAUGGAGUCCGACAGUCUGGUCAUGCUGAACGAGGGUCUGACGACAAAACAUCUGCAGAAAGCAAAGCUGAUGUUCUUUUACACCCGCUACCCGAGCUCGCUGGUACUGAAGAUGUGUUUCCACGACGUGCAGUUCACGCGCUGCAUCACCUCUCAGCUCAUCAAGUGGUUCAGCAACUUCAGGGAGUUCUACUACAUCCAGAUAGAGAAGUUUGCCCGCCACGCCCUCGUGGACAGAGUGGCCGACGUGAGGGCUCCGACUGUGGGGAGAGAAUCAGAACUUUUCAGGACUUUGAAAGUGCACUACAACAAAACCAGUGACUUCCAGGUCCCAGACAGAUUCCUGGAAGUUGCUGAGAUCACACUAAGAGAAUUCUACGUUUCCAUUUCAAUGGGCAAAGAUCGUGAUCCAUCCUGGAAGAAAGCAAUCUACAAGGUGAUCUGUAAACUGGACAGCGAUGUACCGACUGAAUUCACAAGUCAUCACUCUGGAUAAAAGCAAACAAGAACUUGGAGCUUGAUACACGUGGCAGACCAAUCAACGGCUGCGUUUCUUGUGUCCAUGGCCGGCCGCUAUUGUUGGAUCGUGAAGUGGUUGGACGUCAUAUGUACUUUGCUAUAUCAGACAUAUUGUAUAGCAAUACUACAUAUUUUGUACAAUGUAAAACUGUUUCAUCACAACGUGCAACAGAGGAGACAGCUUCUGGUUUUUGAGACGCAUUCGUAUUUAAUGAGUACAAAAUAAGGUCCACACCACAUCAGAAAAAAUAUAUUUAAUAAUCAGCAGAGCUCAUUGUUGUCACAGAGUAUUUAGCAUGGAAGUUACAUGAAUUUAAAAGUGAUUUAAAGAUUUUUUUUAUAUCCCACCCAGUCCUUGCGAACUGUGGGAAAAUAAGUGUUUCUUUCUCUCUUCUCUACUCACCACACGGCUCCACUCUUCACGUCCCAGACAUCUCAAUGGUUGGUGGGACCAGUGAAUAUCAACCAUCGUCUUCAUCAUUCGCGACAAGUUUUCACUGCUAACGGAUGCUUGCUUUGUCUUCAUUGUUGAUUCUCCAUGACAAAAAUUUCUGAUGUGUAGAAAAUUCUGGAUUCUCAAGUACUUUGUGGAUGUAAAAUUUAUUUAAGAAAAUAUCGACACUUACUUAUAUGAUGUAUAUUACAACACUUAAUGUUCGUGUGCGAUGUGCUCAAAAGCAUUUGUAUUGAGCAGUUACUCGCAAGAAAAUCGAAUAUAAAA